GUCCACCAGAGGCUGUAGGAGGACUGUGUAAGAGUUAGAUCAGCCACACCAGGACACGAUCAAGUGCGGUUGCUGAGUCAGUGGCAGGGCAGAAGAACACAGGAGUGCAUCUUUACUUUGAUCUUGGGUUAAUAAAUAAAAAUGGCAAGAAAUCUUCUAAAAAACCCAAAUGGAGAUGAGGGAAUGGAUUUUUGGGAGAUGACUGAAAAUGGGGGCAGUGGGUGGCAAGUAGAGGACAUGCCUGGAGACUGUGGCUACAAUUUUGUUGACGAGACUAUAUCCAAAUACUUCGCCACAUCUUUUGAGCUGUGUCUUAAAACACAGGAGAUUGACCUUGUGACCGAAGGUUAUGACCCUGAAGUCUUGGACACUCAUCCAGCUACAGUUACAGUGCAGGACUGGUACUCUGGUCGAACCGACUCAGGCUGUGUUUACCAGAUGAAAGUGAAUCUGCUUGAUGAGAACAGAGAAAUUUUGGAGGUGUUUAGUCCUGUGGAGGUGUUCCUUAACCCAGACAUUGAUGACUGCUCAUGGAGACAGGUUACCAACACAGUGACUGUAAACCCGGGCCUGCGCUACAUCACCUUCGAGCAUGGUGGCAAAGACAACAAAUACUGGGAAGGCUGGUUUGGAGUGAGAGUGACCGGAAGCUCUGUUACUGUAGAUAUUUAAAAUAAGCUCAGAGGAUGGAAGCGAAUGCAACUGCUUUAAUACUAAUGCUGCAUAGCUGAUAGUUAGGCCAUCAUGUGACACCAACCUGAGCUGGUUAGAUGAGUGAUAUUAGACACCUGAAUUGAAGAGAGAUGCUAUUUAAAGGCUAAUGACUUGCGAGAAUACUGUUGUAACACAGACAGUUUGAGAAGCUUCUAAAAUUGAAGGCAUAUUUCUUAGUCUAGCAUGUGUGCAUCUACUAACGGCUACCUCUUAACACAAUGCUUCAGAUUUUAUAUUUACUACUGUACAAAUCUUAAACCUGGAACCCUUAACAAGUUAUAUCAUGUAUAAUAAAGUACUACAAGCAAAAAUAA